CCUCCUAAUCGGUAACAGUCCUCUCUCUCGAGCCUUCCCAGCAGUCACCUAAGGCUCUUCCGACGAGGUUUCUAUCUCGAUGGCUUCUCUUUUGAUGGUCUCUAUGAAUUUUCCUCGUCCCCAUUCGUCAGCUCGUCUCGCUUACCUUAGCCUGAGACUUUCUCUGAGCUUGCGGCCAGAUCUUCCUUCAGUACCGGAACCACCAGAUCCACCUGAACCACCGGAUCCACCAGACCUUCCAUCAUUUCAGAUCUGUGUCGUCUUGGCCUCUCUGCUUACCUCGUCACCCCUCAACAUCACUCAUCUACUCUCACCGCCACUCACAGCCGCUCAUCGAGUCUUGCCGUCUGUCUUCAUCCCCCACCGUGUUAAAGAUCCAGAAGCUCACCUCCAUCUAUCCCUUGUUAAGGCUACUCCCGUUGCCAAAUAUCCUCCGCCAAGGUCACAGAACCUGGUUUUUCCCAGUCUCCCCCUUGCCUCUCUGUCGUGUGCUCUGCAGGUUGUUGCCCAUGCAGUAGAGUUUGGAGCUGCUUGCUCGGUUUUCAUCACCCCAAGCUCUCCUUCUCUUCAUUGUUGCCAGAUUGGAUUAACUAACUUAUUGUCCUUUUCUCCGGUGAAACUGGUUGAUUUCUCCUUUAUGGAGUAUGUACUCCUCCCAAAAUUUCCACUUGGUUCAAGUGGUGUUGUUGCAAGGAGUUUGAAGUCGAAGGUCUUAUACACUUUGAUGCUCGUUCUAUCUUCAGGCUCAGCUAUAUGGUGCUUUGUCACCUUUGCGUCUACUGCCGAAUUUCCGAUUGUUAAAUCUGCACUUGUUGCAAUUUCAAUCAUGGGUAUAAGAGCACUAUUUGUGUUCUAUAUUUCCCAAGGCUUCGUUUCACUUUUUAGCACUAUUGGCGCCAAGCUUCGAGGACCCCUCCUUGUCUUUAGUGGAUUAAGUGUUGUGUUUGCCCCUAUCUUUAUCAUGUUUGUUUUCCGUUUAGCUCUGGUAGCAGCGGUCGUUUUAGCCGGUUUGGCUUUGUUGUCUUUUGGUUGGAACAUGUACUCCUCUGAUGGAGAGUAAGAGAUUAAUAUAAAGUUUAGUUUGUUCAAAAAAAAAAAAA